UUCACCGGGAGUGGGCGGGAGCAGUGCAACGGACUGACUGUAGCCAUUGAUGCGCUUCUUUUCGAAGACAAACCGAUAAUAUUUCCCCAUUUGUGCGGCUUUUCCCGACUGCAGCCAUGGCUUCUCACUCUCUGGCCCUGCCGAUGAUCUGCUUCACCACGUUGUGGGCGCUGGUGGGGGUCGUGGCUCCAUUUUUAGUGCCGAAAGGACCCAACCGCGGCGUGAUCGUCACCAGCCUCAUCCUCACAGCCGUCUGCUGCUACUUGUUUUGGUUAAUAGCCAUUUUGGCCCAGGCCAACCCACUGUUUGGUCCUCAGCUGAAGAAUGAAACUAUAUGGUAUCUGCAGUACUACUGGGAGUAAACAAGGACUCAGUGAUGUGACGCCUCUUGUAAUUCCCACCUGCUGAUCUGCUGGACUUAAUUUCACCAUCACUUCUGAUUCCCAGCACACCCUCACGUCUUGGUCUGCAACAUUAUAAGAUUCAUACAAAUCUUGACUUUAAGCAUUUUGCAACUCGAAAAUUAACAUGAGCUUUCUCUAUAAACUUGGAGGAUAUUUAGAUUAUACUGCAGCCUCUGGGCUCUAAGAUUUGAAGAAUAUUAUAGGAUGUGUAUUCUAAAAAUUAAGCAGAGAUAAUGUGUUUUUCUUUUUUGUGCUGUGCUCAGACUAAAACUAAAACACAUUAGAUGUAGAUGCUAUUUUUACCUUUUGAAAAUGUGCAAUCUUUUAGUUUUGUAUUUGUUUGCAUUCUGUAUUGUGUUUUGCUCUCUCGUCGGGCAAACCUGCAUUUCAGUGUGUAUUUAUUUCGGGACAAGGACACUUAUGUGAGCUUGUAGUAAUCAACACAGAGUCCAUUGGGUCUUGUUAUAUAACUGGUAUUAUCUGUGAUGUAACUGUUAGUGUGUGUGUGUGUGUGUGUGUGUGUUUGAGUCGGGGUGAGCAUGCAGAGUUUGUAACUGCUGGCGCAAGAGUCUCCCAAAAACUGCGAGCAGAGAGCGAUUCCCUCCAUUUUCAAAACGAAAACUUCCUCCCACAUUCUUUUCCGUGCUCCACACCAUGGAGGUCCACGUUGCCAUGGUGACCUCACCGCCCAAUUCAGCCCUUAUCCUCUUGGAUUCCUUUGAUUAAGCGCUACGCUUAUUUCCUGCCUACGGAAAGACAAACGUCUGGUUCUGCUGCAGAGACAUGGUUGUGGAGAAUUUGCUGCUUGUUGGUCUGCAGUUUGCCAUCUGGUCUUAGCAGUUUCUGCUAGUUUUCUCAUUUAAGUUAUGGUGGAUUAAUUGAUUGGUUUUGACAAUUUUU